AUGAAACCGAUUGUACAUCCACCUAAAACAUUUCCAGCAGCACUUCGAGAUGAUUUGAAAGCAGCAUUAGAUGGAAUGGAGUCCCAGGGCGUCAUUGGAAAAGUGGACCAGCCAACGGAAUGGUUUAGUUCCAUGCAGAAAAGUCCAAAGGAGAGUUCAUUCAAGGAAAUCAAGAGAGUUUUAUAUGAAACACAUGUUCUUACAUUUUAUGAUGUCAAGAAAUCUGUGAUUGAAAGUGUAGAUUCGUCCAAGUCAGGAUUAGGAGCUGUCGUUCUACAAAAUGACAAACAAUACGCACAGAUAGAAAAAGAACUCCUUGCGGUGACAUUCGGGCUGGAACAGUUUCAUCAGUACACAUAUGGUGUUGACGUUACAGUGGAAAAUGAUCACAAACCACUCGAAUCAAUCCUGAAAAAAAACUUUCUCAAGCACCGCCAAGACUUCAAAGACGUACACGUUUACAUUCAGAUACAAUCCUGGCUAAGAACUAGUAGUUGCAAAUACAUUAUCACGAGCAUGCCUUCCAGUCAACAGGAAUCUCAAACUUUGACUCAAGAGUUGGAUUUCUUUGUUCACUCUGUGUUCUUACAAAGUGUGCUUAUGUCAAGGAACAUUCUCGAGGACAUUCGCAGGAUAACUAAAUGUGAUAAUGACCUUAAACGAGUGAAAGAGUGCAUUCAGAAUGAAUGGCCUCCAUACAAACAGUUUAAGCCAACAAGACAUUACAGACAUUCUGGAAGGUCUGAGAUACACUUACUGUGGUAG